GCGCUACCUGGCAAGCUCUUGGGCGCCUGGAUUAGUCUCCUGCCUGCUGCUCUCCCUUUAGCCUGCCGUGCCCACACCUCCACCUGGACACCUCUGGUAGGCUCAUGGCUGCAACCUGUGAGAUCAGCAACAUUUUUAGCAACUACUUCAGCGCCAUGUACAGCUCGGAGGACCCUGCUCUGGCGUCUGCUCCCCCUGCCGCCUCCUUUGGGACCAGUGACCUGGUGCUGGCCCUGGGCAACACACAGAUGUCCCUGGAGGGCACAGAGAAAGCCAGCUGGCUGGGGGAGCAGCCCCAGUUCUGGUCCAGGGCCCAGGUUCUGGAUUGGAUCAGCUACCAGGUGGAGAAGAACAAGUACGACGCCAGCUCCAUUGACUUCUCGAGGUGCGACAUGGACGGGGCCACACUCUGCAGCUGCGCCCUGGAGGAGCUGCGCCUGGUGUUCGGGCCUCUGGGGGACCAUCUCCAUGCCCAGCUGCGGGAGCUCACCGCUAGCUCUUCUGACGAGCUCAGCUGGAUCAUUGAGUUUCUGGAGAAGGAUGGCAUGGCGUUCCAGGAGACCCUGGGAGACUCGGGCCCCUUCGACCAGGAAAGCCCCUUGGUCAAGGAGCUGCUGGAAGACUGCCCGUACUACCCCAGCCCCAACAGCCACGGCCUCGAAGCCCCCUCCCCCGGCAGCUCGGAUGUCUCCACUGCUGGCACCAGCACGCCCCAGAGCUCCCACUCCUCGGACUCCAGUGGGAGUGACGUGGACCUGGAUCCCGCUGACGGCAGCAAGCUCUUUCCCAGCGAUGACUUCAUGGGCUACAAGAGGGGGGACCCCAAGCACGGGAAGAGAAAACGGGGUCGGCCAAGAAAGCUGAGCAAGGAGUCCCGGGAGUGUUUGGAGGGCAAGAAGGCCAAGCACGCGCCCCGAGGCACCCACCUGUGGGAGUUUAUCCGGGACAUCCUCAUCCACCCCGAGCUCAACGAGGGCCUCAUGAAGUGGGAGAACAGGCACGAGGGCGUCUUCAAGUUCCUGCGCUCCGAGGCGGUGGCCCAGCUCUGGGGGCAGAAGAAGAAGAACAGCAGCAUGACCUACGAGAAGCUGAGCCGGGCCAUGAGGUACUACUAUAAGCGGGAGAUCCUGGAGCGGGUGGACGGCCGGAGGCUCGUCUACAAGUUUGGCAAGAACUCCAGCGGCUGGAAGGAGGACGAGGUCACCGGGACUCGGAACUGAGGGUGCGAAUGAGACCCGUGACCAAGCGCAUGGACUCGGCCGGGUGUGGUGGCCACCCCGGUUUGGGCGCGCUCCCCCGAGCGCUUCUGGGGAGAGAAGCUGAAGUGCUGGUUUAUCCGUGUCGGACACUGUCCGGAGGCAGGGCCUGUGGCCUCUCCGUGCUGCCCUCCCAUUGGAAUUACAAGGCCUAUGGUUUGAACUGGCUCCAGCUGCGGCCUCUCUAGCUACAAGGGCGGCGCCCUCCUCCUGCGGAUGGCGGACUGAGCCUGGCAGGCCCGGAGGCCCCAGGAGAGCUGCACGUGUAAGGAGAUGGCCAGGUCCGCCUGCGACGUCCCUGCACUGGUCUCCACCUGCCUCUGCGUGCCUGUGAGGACUCCAAGGGUGGGGGUCAGAGCCCUCCCUAAUUUAUGUGCUAUAAAUAUGUUGGAUAUACAUAGAGAUCUAUUUUUUCUAAGACAAGUCCCCUCACUGCUUUCCCACCGAGCACCGGUGGCCAGACUGGCAGGCAGGUCAAGGC